AUGCCAUCCGCCUUGCCUGUGCCUUCUAAAGGUGCAUUGCGAGCACUUCGCAACAUCGCCCUUGGAACAUCUUGCACAGUCGCAUUCAGCACUGGUAUGCUAACAGAGGACCGUCGACGACGAAUACACGGUGCGAAAUUAGUACACGACAAUGCCAAGAAACUUAAAUCCUCAAGGCAUUACCACGAAUCGAGUUCACAUUUGGCAGAAACGUUUGAGGAGCAGGUUUUGAGGUAUAAGGAUGAUGGAUUUUGGCAGGCUGGCAGCACCGCCUCGAGCGAUGCCCAAAGUUCCGAGGUGGUUCUGGUCAAGGAUAAAACGGCUGGCGAGACUACAGAGCCGGUAACUUCAAUACCACCUUCUAUUCCGUUUAAACCGCCACGAAUCGAAAGACUGCCCUCCCCGAAAAAACCAGAUCAUGCACAAAAGCCUGAAUAUAUCGAUGAAGAUCGUCAGCUGCGCCUGGCAAAUGACAUACAGCAGAUUCUUGGAGAAGAGAAGGACCCAACUGCCAUAGGUUCUGCAUUGCGCCGAUUCUCAGAGGCAUUCGAGGAAGGUUUGGAUACAGGAUCUAGUGGCAUGCAAACAUGUCUCUUAGAAGCAGCAAUUGUACUAUCUACGGCCUGUCGGACGAACUCUAUGGUGGACAAAAUGGAGAAAAUUCUUGACAUUGUUCUAAAAUCUACUACGCUUUCUGAGUCUGACUUCAAGCGAUUCGAGCCACAUAUCAUCAUUGAAUCUCUAUUAAAGAACCCGAAUAGUGGGGCUGGCCUCGAUAUCUAUCUUUCUAAGCUGCGAAAAGCUUCUGCUUUGUGCCUUAUGGAGUUCAAGGAGAAGCCAGGGCCACUCUCAAACAAAAUGAGACCCGUCCUAGUAGAAACUUGCAAUUUGACCUGCCGUUUCGACAUGUUUGAUUUGACCAAGCAACUAUUCUGGCGCAUUGAGGCUACCCGUGGGAAAACACCUAAUCACGCCAUUGGAUCUUUUAUAAUCGCCGAAAUACAGACCAAACAAUUCCGUAAUGCUGUCUCUCAAUUCUUGAGAUAUUUCAUCAAGUCAACACCAAGCCAAGAAGAACUCUACCGUGUUACAGAUGCUUUAUUCGAGAGAGCGCUUGAACUGAAGCAUUUUGCCAGAGCUGAACAGAUCCUGAUUGAGGCGACGAAAUUGAUCAAAAGCGACCAGUUCACAAGGUCGAACAACUGGUUUCAAAAACUACUCGGCACCGAAUGGCGCAGGAAACGGAAUAUUCGUGAAACUCAAGAGAGGUUCGAUCGCCUUAAGACAGCCAUACCGACACUUUGUCGCCCACAAGCUGCAUAUGCCGUCAUCAUCCAGUUAUGUGUAGAAGCAGGAGAUUUUGGAGCAGCGGGCAAAUACCACGAACAACUAUUUCAAAUAAGCGGUUCAUGCGAAGAUGAUAUUCUCAUUCGUGGCCAAAUCGCCCGUGGCAAGGCGAUGUGUGAGGAGUGGGAUGAUGUGAAAGCCAAUUUCGCUGAAAUGGCAAAACUCAACCCCAGAAACAAAGUCUAUGGCGAUAUCUUUCCACCAAUUCUUAAAUUGUAUGCCAAAUCACAUUCCGUGGCCGAGACAGAGAAAUUUCUUCGUUGUUUCCUUGAACAAUACCAAGUACCUUUGACACCGUAUGCUUCCAACAUCAUGAUCGGCGAAUAUGCAAAAGCCAAAGAACUUAGUUCCAUCCUUCGUUGGAUAGAAUAUGCAACCUCUGUUUCUACAUGUUUUGACGCUGAUUCGUUCAAUAACAUCCUGAGCCAGCUUUAUAAGACGUGGGAUUUCAAUUUCGAGCAAGUAUAUGAAGUACAUCGUGCGAUGUUGAAAUCUUCUAUGGACUAUACAAAUGAUUUCACCUUAGCGCAUCUGCGUCAACUUGCUCUUAAAGAUUCGAAAGGCAACCGAGAAGUCGCUGCUAAGAAAUUAAGGGUUAUUCCGAGAGGGACUAGAUCUAUAAUGGAUGAUAAUUACCCUCGGCGGCAAAUUUUUGAAGAGAUGGGAAAGGGUAGUUUCGAAAAGGUCGUAGACAUAUAUAAAGCUGCUAGUAGUCAGGAGGUUUAUAUCCAUGGCUCGGUUCUAGCUGCCACAGUAAAAGCGUCGUUGCAUUUGAACAACGGCGAUUCCCACAUGGCUAUCGAGCUACUCAGAGAAGCUAAACGGAAAGGUUAUGCUUUGGACGAUGCCUUUAUUACGCUUCUUACUCAUCGACUGCCAAAGUUUAUGGAGUCUGCUGGAAGCAGUCGUCUAAUUAUGUUCUUAACUUCUGCCAGAGAAGCGAUUGCCAAGGCAGAAGACCAUGGGCUUACUAUCACAGAAAACGUGUUCAAUGAGGUCACCAAUAUCCUUGUCAAGAACGCAUUUUUUCGAGACGCAAUAGUGUUCUGGACGGAAGCCUCCAGGACUCAUAGCGCAACAGUUCGACCUAAUGUUGUCAGCCUUACCAUCCUUCUCAAGGCUUAUAUUGCCAUCAAAGAUCCCAGUGGCAUCAUUUGGAUCACGAAGAUGUUAUCUAUUCAUCAAAUCAUACCGGAUGGGCGAAUGAGAAGCAUUCUGAAAAACACGCGACAAAUACUGCGGAAAAGGAAGUUAAAUUCUAGACAGCAUGAAUUUCUUCAGGCUGUAGAAGAAGCUUUUGUAAUAUUUGCGAUGAUGCGAGAAAAUGAUUACAAGGAGAAAAUUAACGCUAGAAGCAAAACUCUUGAAAUCAUGGAGAGAGCUAUUGCUACACAGAAGCCACCCUCGGAACAAGAAAUCAAUAACUGGGAUGACUUUGAGGAGGAAAGUUUAGACUUGAAUGAACGAGAUCAAUCUGUUCAAGGACCAAUAGACGGAGGUUCGUUUUGA